AAGAUGGCGCCCCCGGGAGCUGGGAGCGGGUGACCGGCGGCGGGGAAGCGGCCUGGGUUGGCCCUCAGCUUGCGGGGUCCUGGGGGCAUCUCGCUUGGUACACCCCCUGGCCCGCCCACAAGGCCUUCCCCGGGCCAAAGCAAUGGCCGCCGAGAACAGCAAGCAGUUUUGGAAGAGGAGCGCUAAGCUGCCAGGGAGCAUCCAGCCUGUGUAUGGAGCUCAGCACCCUCCUCUGGACCCUCGGCUCACCAAAAACUUCAUUAAAGAACGGUCAAAGGUCAACACAAUUCCUCUGAAGAAUAAGAAGGCCUCCAGUUUUCAUGAAUUUGCCCGGAAUACCAGUGAUGCUUGGGACAUUGGCGAUGAUGAGGAAGAAGAUUUUUCCUCACCUUCUUUCCAAACUCUGAACUCAAAAGUUGCUUUGGCAACUGCAGCCCAGGUUCUAGAAAACCACAGCAAGCUGAGAGUAAAACCAGAACGGUCCCAGUCAACGACAUCUGACGUUCCUGCCAACUACAAAGUCAUAAAGUCCAGCAGUGAUGCCCAGCUGUCCAGAAACUCCAGUGAUACAUGCCUGAGGAACUCACUCCACAAACAGCAAUCACUCCCUCUCCGGCCCAUCAUCCCUCUUGUUGCCCGGAUCUCAGACCAGAAUGCUUCUGGGGCUCCCCCGAUGACUGUACGGGAGAAAACCCGCCUGGAAAAAUUCCGUCAGCUUCUCUCCAGCCACAACACUGACUUAGAUGAACUGAGGAAGUGUAGCUGGCCAGGGGUUCCCAGGGAGGUUCGACCUGUAACCUGGAGACUCCUGUCGGGCUACCUCCCAGCAAACACUGAAAGGAGGAAGUUGACCCUGCAGCGCAAGAGGGAGGAAUAUUUUGGCUUCAUUGAACAGUAUUAUGACUCUCGGAAUGAAGAACAUCACCAGGAUACCUACAGACAGAUUCACAUUGACAUUCCAAGGACAAAUCCUCUCAUUCCGUUGUUCCAGCAACCACUUGUACAGGAGAUCUUUGAAAGAAUUCUAUUUAUUUGGGCCAUCCGACACCCUGCCAGUGGGUAUGUCCAGGGAAUUAAUGACCUGGUCACUCCAUUCUUUGUCGUCUUCCUCUCAGAAUAUGUGGAAGAAGAUGUGGAGAACUUCGAUGUGACCAACUUGUCUCAGGACAUGCUGCGGAGCAUUGAGGCUGACAGCUUUUGGUGCAUGAGCAAGCUGCUGGAUGGGAUCCAGGAUAACUAUACCUUUGCACAACCAGGGAUCCAGAGGAAGGUCAAGGCGCUGGAAGAGCUUGUGAGCCGGAUUGAUGAGCAGGUACAUAAUCACUUCAGAAGGUACGAGGUCGAAUACCUACAGUUCGCCUUUCGUUGGAUGAACAACUUGCUUAUGCGGGAACUUCCUCUUCGCUGCACCAUCCGCCUAUGGGACACAUACCAGUCUGAACCAGAAGGGUUCUCCCACUUUCAUCUCUACGUGUGUGCAGCCUUCUUGAUCAAGUGGAGGAAAGAGAUCUUGGAUGAGGAAGACUUUCAGGGUCUCCUCAUGCUGCUACAGAACCUACCUACAAUACACUGGGGCAACGAAGAGAUCGGGCUGCUUCUCGCUGAGGCAUAUAGACUCAAGUACAUGUUCGCUGAUGCCCCGAAUCACUACCGCCGAUAGGUGCUGUCUCCCCCAGGGACCCAGACUGCCCCCAUCUCUGAUGGCAAUCUGAUCACUGUGGCCACUGUGCGAGCUGUGGACCCUGGCCAGGAACCACUCCUGUUGUACAAAGCUCACACCCGCCACCCAGGUCUUAACUUUUUGGUGUCCACCACUCCAUGUCUCUGGAUGUGUCACUUGGACCACUGUCAGUAUUCCAUGCCAUGUGGAUGGGCCCAGGUCAGAGAGAGGACAGAAAAGGUGGUACAGGGUUGUCUGUCCCUUUAAAAGAAACUGGAAAAAAGAAGGGGAAGGCUCAGGGUCUCAACUCCCAUUGUCCCUAUAGGGACUGGCUGUUUCUCACUCCAGGACCCAGGUGAUAUGGUUGCUUUUUGUGACAUAGUUUGAUUUGAUCACAGGUCAGAAACGCCUUAUGUUUUUAAAAACCUCCUGGCCCCUCUUCCCUAUCCCUGGUUUCCUAGCCCUUCUCCUUCUGCCCCAGGCUGAGCCAGUGAGGGGCAGCUUUUGACAACCAUUGUUCUAGAUGGAUGAGGCACCGAUGCUUAUAACUCUGGGAAGAGGCCUGUACCCAAGGGCUAGGAAUUUUAUUUUUCCUUUUUUUUACCAGAUGUUGGGGGAGGGGUUGUUUACACACCCAUUGGUAUUUACUUACAUGUAUGAAUUUCUAUAUCCGGACUAGCCCCAUCAGACCAGUUGGGAAGGGCCCCAGUGACCAAGCAUACAAGCGUCCCUUGAAAUGGAUCAGGUCAGGGGAGGAAGCAGGGGCUACUUACCUUUCCAAACCCUUUUUCCAUGAUGACCCACUCCAAGAUAUUAUGUGUACAUUGUGUUAUUAUGUAUAUGGGUAAAGAUGUACAAAUAUGUCCUCUUUGUAGCAGAUAUGAUUUUAUAUUUAUAAUGUGCAUUGACAUGUGAAAGCAAUCUAGGUCACUAGCACAGAUGAAGGUGGCAGGCAGGCAGCUUCAGCACCUUCAGGUUGGACUUUGGGAGCCCUGCUGUGAGGGGAGUGGAAGGGAGGCUGCUCGAGCAAGGGUGGCUGAGCAGGUGGAGCUGCUUGGAAAACCAAUACAGCCAUCUCAAGCAUCAGUGUCUCAGAGUUUUCCCAACCUUCCUUUCUUCUCACCCCUCCCCUUUCUGGAGCUUCUGCCCCCUUCCUCAGCAAACAGAGCCCCUGCCCCCAUCCUCAGCAAACAGAGCCCCUCCCCAGCCCUCAGCAAACAGAGUCCCUACCCUUCACCCCAGCAGCCACCCCAAGAAGGGACUGCAGAGGCAGACAAAGUCCAUUCCAUGUGUUUUUAGUUCCUGCCUUUCCCCUAAAACCUGGGGAGAACUUUUGUUCUUACAUUUUUAAGUCAGCAUUGUAUUCAGGACAGAAGCUGUGACUGACUACUCAGUGCCAAGGAAAGGGAUUUCCUACGUGUCCUGGGGUUUGGGGCUCUUCUCAGAGAGCGGCAUUCAUCAUCCCCCACCAUCACCUUCACACCCCACACAGCUCUGAGAUGUGUGAUUCCUGUUGGAGUUUUGGUAUUUAGUAAUGGGUGGUGUUGGGGGAGCAAGUAGCUGUCAUCCUCUUAGGAAGUUAAGCUGUGUCCCCGAGGGAGUGACGCCCUUGAGUCCCUUUGCCAGUGAAGUGAAGCCCCAUCACACCACAGCAGUAUGAGGUGGAUUUCUCACCUGGAGCUGUUUCUCAGGCAUUCUUCCCAACCUCUUCCUUUUCCCCUGUGGCGUGCCUCAGUAGUCUCCUUCGCAGAGCGAGAGGGCUGCUGGCCCUCCCUCACCCGGACUAAUUAAAGAAAGACACUUGUGUUCCCCAAGUGGUGGUUUUAUUUUUUUAGUUUUUAUGUUUGUAUGGGAAAUUGUGGAUAAAGUGAAAGAAUUGUAAAUAAAUGGUGUAUUUCCUCCU